AUGCCUUCGUUUGCUGAUAGCUUCUGGACUCCAAAUUACUCCAGCGGUAUUGAAGUCUUAUUCACAAAACUGAACCAAGGAUGCAUUGAAAAUGAUGAAUUCAUUAACCUGUUUACUUCACGUAUGGAUUAUGAGUUUGAUUAUGGUAAAAAGCUAUCAGCUCUACCAGAUAUCCAUUCUCCAAUGAAAGGUGGUUUUGAUAAAGACGAUGGUGCUAGUUUGAAAAAUGCUUUCAAAGGUUUAGCCUUAGAAAUGGGCAAUGAAGGUGAUUCACACCUUCAAAUUGCAUUGAAUAUCAAAGAAAUGGUUAUUGAUCCUUUUUCUAAAUGGAGUCAAGAACAUAAACAAAGAAUUGACUACUCUGAGAAAAUAUUGAAAUCUAGUCUAAAAGUCUAUAAAAACAAAUUAAAAGCCGUUGAAAAGAUUCAAAAGAAAUACUUUAACAAAUGUCGUACUUUAGAAUCAAUCAAAUCUGGAAUGACUGAAGAAGAAAUUACAAAAGAGUUGAAUAGUAUAGAUCUAACUGAUUCUCAAGAACAAAAAGGCAAAUCAAAUCCUAGUGAUGCUGAUGGAGAAGAAUAUGAACCAUUGGUUGUAUUAGGUGGUGUUGAGUAUGGUAAAAUUGGAUUGAAAGAAUUGAUUAGAUCAAUGUUGACUGAAGUUCCUCAGGGAUCUUUUAAAGUUGCAAUACUAGGUGUUUAUGAACAUGUCUCCACUGGUUCUUCAAUUGUUUCAUUUCUUCAGCAACAAUUGGGAAUUACAAACAUUGAUAAAUGUGAAAGAUUUGGAAAAGAUCUCAUCACCAAUGGGUUUAUAAGACAUGUUAAUGGUGUUGGAUCAAAUUUUGUUAAUAGUAGCACUUUCCAAUAUCAAUGGAAAUCAACAGCUUUCCAAAUAGCUGAUCUACCUAUCAAGAAAAAUGAAGCUGAUGAUGACGAUGAAAAUUUAAAUAAUAGAAAAGUUUCAAACUAUAUUGAUGAGCUGAAAAAUGCAAUUUCAUAUGAAGAAACAAGUUUAAAAAAAGUUGAUAAUGAUGUUAAAGAGUUGGAUGCAGCUUACAAAAUAGAGGUUGCAAAACUAGAUAAGAUUAGAUGUGAUUUGGAAGAAUUGAUUGUGGAUCACUUAUCAUUUAUGGAAAAAUGUGAACUUGAUCGUUUACGUGCUUUAAAGAAAGUUUUAUUAGAUUUUUCAGCUUCUAUCUCAAACAAAUUGUCAAACAUCAAAGCUAUUAUUGAUAAGAUAAUGAUUUAUGAAGAAACUAUCAACCCUACUGGAGAUUUAAUGUUUUUAUUACAAAAUUAUCGCACAGGUUCGUUUGUUCCAAAUGUUGUGCUUUAUGAUAACUAUUACGAUAGUUUCAAAGAUCAAAUAUUUGGUGUUGACUUGGAGACACGUUGUAAAAAUGAUAAUAAGACAGUCCCGGUUAUAAUUUCGUCGAUCCUAUCAUACAUGGAUAACAUUUAUCCAGAAUUGCCAAAUGAUGAUGUUCGUACAAAAAUUUGGUUAAUUCCUGUUAGAUUACAAAGUACACAUGCACUAAGAAGUGAGAUUGAAAAGUUAGGAAGCACAGGAUUAACACCUGAAUUCUUCAAAAAUUUUGAACCAGAAGUUAUUGCUAGUGUCUUGAAGUUAUAUUUGUUAGAAUUACCAGAUUCAGUUGUUCCAAAUGGUCUUUAUGAUCUGAUUAGAUCAAUUUAUAACCAAUAUGGAUCAGAAUCAGAAUCAAAAGAAAGGAUUAAUGGUAUUACUAAUGUUUUGAAAAAUUUGGAUAGAUCUAAUUUAUCAACAUUAAAUGCUAUCUGUACACAUUUUACAAGACUGAUUAAAAUAUUGCUGGAAAAUAAGAAUGAAAAUGAAUCAAAUGGUUUAGCUUCAAGCUUCCAAAAUGGUAUUUCACAAGAAUUUUCAAAUUGUAUUUUAAGACCAAGAUAUCAAAAUAAUUUAAGUUUAAGUGAUAAACAUAGUUUUAGAUUUUUCCAUGAUUUACUUGAGCAUAAAGCUGAAAUAUUCAAAAAUUUGAAACCAACAGGUUCAAUUAAGAAAAAUAAAAGUGUUUUAGCCGGUGUUGAAGAACGCAUUACAAGAUCUGAACAACUAAGCAGACAAAGUUCCAAGUUACAAUCAAGACUACAACAGGCUGUAAUAACAGGAUCAAGAAGAGUAUCCAAUGAAGCAAAAUCUAAUGAAAGUGACCAUGUUAGAAACUUGACUCCUCAAAAUGACAAUGAAAAAGAGAACAAUAAUCAUUCAGAAGAACAAUCUAAUGCUGAAAAUCCUAUAGUAAUUGAAUAA